AUGUACUGGUAGUAUUUGAUCCACUGAUAUUCAAUGCUCUAAGUGAUAGAUAGAUGGGCAGCCAAACCCAUUUAGUCGGAGACCGCUCAAGGACAACCUGGACGCCAGCAAUGGAGCGCUAUUUUAUUGACCUGAUGCUAGAUCAGGUGCAUAGGGGAAAUAGGAUGGGCCACACCUUCAACAAACAAGCAUGGAAUGACAUGUUGGUCAUGUUCAAUUCCAGUUUCAGAUCUCCAUAUGAUGUAAAUGUGUUGAAAAGUCAUUAUACGAGCUUAUGGAAGCAAUUUAGCGAUGUGAAGAAUCUCCUUGAUCAGAAUGGAUUUUCGUGGGACAGCACUCGGAAAAUGGUGGUUGCUGAAAGAUGCGUCUGGGAUGGCUACACCAAGGCUCACCCAGAUGCGCAAUACUACAGGAACAAAGCUUUACUGAACUUCAAUGAUUUGUGCUUGAUAUAUGCACAUACAACUGCAGAUGGACGAUAUAGCCUUUCAAGUCAUGAUAUAGACUUUGAUGAUGACUUCCAAUCAUUAAAUGUCGUGCUUGAAGUGAACAAUCUUGUUCCUGCAACUAAUGAGCAAGUAAAAACAGAUUGGACACUAGCCAUGGACCGUUAUUUUAUCAAACUUUUGCUUGGUCAACUGAGAAAAGGCAGUAAGGUUAACGAUACCUUUACAAGACAAGCUUGGAAAGAUAUCCUUACUUCGUUCAAUGCAAAAUUCGGUUUUCAAUAUGGGAUUAAAAUAUUGAGACAGCGUUAUAAGAAAUUGUUCAAGUAUUAUACCAAUGUAAGGAGCCUUGGCCGAUGA